AUGAGUACUGGAGAAGGAAAGGUGGUGUGCGUGACUGGAGCUGCUGGGUUUGUAGCUUCAUGGCUGGUGAAGCUCCUGCUCCAACGUGGUUACACUGUUAGAGCAACUGUUCGUGACCCAAAUGAUCCAAAGAAGACAGAACACUUGCUUUCACUCGAUGGAGCUAAGGAAAGGCUUCGUUUAUUCAAAGCAGACUUAUUGGAAGAAGGGUCCUUUGAUCCCGUAGUUGAUGGAUGUGAUGGCGUUUUUCAUACAGCAUCGCCUGUUGUCAUGCAAGUCACUGACCCCCAGACAGAACUGAUUGACCCUGCAUUGAAGGGGACUAUCAAUGUCCUAAGGUCCUGCUCAAAAGUUCCAUCUGUCAAAAGAGUGGUUGUAACAUCGUCUAUGUCUGCGGUGGAACACAAUGGAAAACCUCUGACUCCUGAGGUGAUAAUUGAUGAGAGCUGGUUUUCAGAUGCAGUUUUGUGCAAGGAAUCAAAGCUAUGGUACAAGCUUUCAAAGACCUUAGCCGAGGAGGCUGCUUGGAAGUUUUCAAAGGAGAACGGGAUUGACAUGGUCAUGAUACAUCCAGGAUGGGUGCUGGGUCCUCUCUUACAGCCUACUCUUAAUCUAAGCGUGGAGGAAAUUCUGAAACUUCUAAAUGGAGUUCAAACAUUUCCCAAAACCACCUCAUAUACAUGGGUGGAUGCUAGAGAUGUUGCCAAUGCACAUAUUCAAGCAUUUGAACUUCCGGAAGCUAGUGGAAGAUACUGUUUAGUAGGGACUGUCUCACACCGUUCUGAGACACUGAAUAUCUUGCACAAGCUCUACCCUGCCAUACACAUACCUGAAAAAUGGAAAGAUGGGCAGACUUGUGUUCCAACCUUCCGGGUAUCCCAGGAGAAGGCAAAAAGUUUGGGCAUUCACUUCACUCCUAUGGAGGUGAGCAUAAAGGAUACUGUGGAAAGCUUGAAGGAGAAGAACUUCAUCAGCUUCUGAAUCAUUGUAUUUACUGGCUGGCCAUGGAAAUAAAUCACAGAACAAUAAUGGACUCUUGUACUCCAAAGCUUUGUUAUUAUUAUUGGGCCUGAGGCUCUCAAUAUACUAGAAGAACUUCCAAUGUUGCCAUUGGUUUGUGAACUAACCUUGGUGGCUGGCCAUGUGGUCUUUCUCAAUUCCUUGCA